AAUGGCCCACAGCUGCGUGGGGAAUUGCGCUCCGUUAUUCUUCCUCGCCGUUGUCUUUGAUGCAGCCGGUCUGGUUGUAUUGCUGGUCGGGAUUUUCGGCAACCUGAACGUGGACGGCCGCUUCUAUGGGGAUUUCCUCAUCUACACGGGCUCGCUCGUUAUUUCCCUCAGCUUGAUGUGGUGGGUUCUGUGGUACACGGGGAACGUGCAGCUGUACGCGGAGGACAGGACAAGCUCCUUGGACAUCAGCUUUACGCAAUGGGCCAGGAAGCUGUCCGAGAGGCUCUCCAAAGGCGUCAUAAAGCCUCUGGAAGCCGGGGAGGAGAAGAAAAAGAGCAUGGGGAUCGGGAAGGAGUUGAACGGGACCGUGCGUGCUGUUGCGCCGUGUCGGAUUAUGUGGGAAGACGGCAGCAGCAGUGGAGCCAUGUCGGCUCACAACAACAGAGGGUUUGAUGGAUGGACUGAAGGCGGGUCUCCAGCUGACAAAAACGUGGAGCUGGGGGUGUUGAAGAGCUCCGACGUGGCUCUGCAGGCGGCGGAUGGCAGAGCAGAGGCUUCUCUGACAGGUGACGUCCGGCUUUCCCGGAGCUAUUUUCCAAAGACUUCAACCAAUUGAAAACACUGAGUUUAUGGACUAAAGUCACUUUUUUUAAUAAGACAAUUUCCUAAUCAGGGAAAAGCCCAUCCACAUUCAGCAGAAGGGCAGUGCACAGAGGAGGAUAAGGUCUUU